UAAUUAAUCCCAACCCAUUAUUAUUCCAUAUUUCAAUUUUUGCUUUUGAAACAUCCUACCAAGUUAAGCCACCAUCAUAUUCUUUCUUCUUCUUCUUCUUCUUCUUCUUCUUCUUCUCCAUCACUGUCUUUCCUACCUUUCUCCUUCUCCUCCUUCUUCCAACCUUCACCACUCUCUUCUUCUUCUUCUCUUGUGGUUUUCAUGGCGGCCAACAAGUUUGCCACUAUGCUGCACAAGAAGGGCAACAAAAUGAUAUGUAUACUUGUAUAUACUUUGCUGGAAUGGACCCUCAUCGGUCUCCUCCUUAUCAACGCUUUCUUCUCCUUCCUCAUCGCCAAGUUCGCCGCAUACUUCGGCCUUAAGCCGCCUUGCAUCUUUUGCUCAAGAGUAGACCAUGUGUUCGAGCCGGCGGGGAAGCUGUCUUAUCGCCGUCUUCUCUGUGAUGAUCACGCGGCCGAGAUUUCUGGUUUGGGGUUUUGUUCUACCCAUCGGAAGCUCGCUGAGGCUAGCGAGAUGUGCGAGGAUUGCGCUGCGGCGAGAGGGUCGCCGUCUGGGGCUGAUCGUGCGGUGGCGUUGCUUUCUUGGAUGAAGAGGAGUGAGGAUGGGGAGAAGGAUCUGAGGUGCUCUUGCUGCGAUGUGAGCCUUGAGAGUGGGUUCUACUCGCCUUACUUGUUUCUCAAGCCUUCUUGGCCGGCUGCGGUGGAGUGCACCGAGAAGGAGGACUUGAUCGAGCACCUUGUUGACGAUGGUGAUUGUGAGGAGAUGGAUCGUGAGAUGGAUGAGGAGGAGAAGAAGGAUGAGGAGAUCUCUUCUUUUGUGAGGAUAAAGGAUUCGUCUUUGGAAAUGCUUACUGUUGGAAUGGACGAUGGUUUUGUUGAGGAUGAACGGGUGGUUCCCGUGGAGUUGAUCGAUUCCACGACGUUUGAUAAGACUGAUGCUGAUUACUGGCCAUCUGAAUAUCAGUUCGUUGUUUGUCAUUCGGCUGUUGAUGUUGUUCCUAGUGUUUUGGAUGCAGAGACUGCUGCUGUCCCUGAACUGGUUGAAGUUAUCAAAGAGUGUUCAUCUGUGCCUCCUGCUGAGGUGGUAGAUGAGGGAUGUUUAUCUCAGCAUCAGAAUGAUGUUCCAAGGAUCACCGAGGUUGUUGGUGUUGGGAAUGAGCCUUUUGAUUUGGCUAAGGAGUUUGGGGAAAUGCAGGACAUUGAAGUAGGAUCAAUUGCAGCUUCAGAGGAUCUUGGUGAAGCACAAGCAUUUGAAGAAGAUGAUAAAACAAUGGAUGUUGAGGCUACUUGUGAAAUAUCAAUUGGGAGUGAAAUCUGUGACCAGGAGCAGAUUGAUCAGGUUCACAUUGAUGGACAGGCUCAUCUUUCAGUGGAAAUAGAGAACCAAAGCUCAGAAGUUCUCAUUGAAGUGGCUGAUAAACGCCAAGGAGCUGUAAUUGAGGUUGAGCAAGUGGAGGCCAGUGAACUGGUGGAAGCUAAUGCACGAGAUGUUGACCGCCUAAGUAUUUGUCCUGAACUCAAUAAUGAAGUUGAUGAGGAGAGAGCACCUGAGACACCAACCUACAUUGAAGGUAUCCAUGCAUUGCACAAAAGGUUUUUGUUCGAGAGGAGAGAAUCUGGAACUGAGUCAAUCGAUGGAAGUGUUGCUAGUGAAAUUGAAGGCAGUGAGCCUCUGACCAUAGAACAACUUAAAUCAGCACUUAAAUCUGAAAGGAAGGCACUGAGUGCCUUGUACACUGAGCUAGAAGAAGAGAGGAGUGCUUCUGCAAUUGCUGCCAAUCAAACCAUGGCCAUGAUAACUAGGCUUCAGGAGGAGAAGGCUGCAAUGCAGAUGGAAGCAUUACAAUACCAGAGGAUGAUGGAAGAGCAGUCCGAGUAUGAUCAAGAAGCAUUGCAGCUACUGAAUGAGCUCAUGAUGAAGAGGGAGAAGGAGAAACUAGAGUUAGAGAAGGAGCUGGAAGUUUAUCGAAAGAAGGUUCUUCUCUUGGAAGCCAGAGAGAGGAGAAAUAAUUCCAAUACAAGGAGCGGAACCUCUUCUGCUUCAUUGAGUGCAGAGGAAAGUGAUGAUGUAUCUUUGGGAUCUAAUGAAGGUGAUGAGUGUUCCUACCGCCUUCAUGAGAGUAAUCAAAACACACCUCUAAAUGCUGUUUUGAGUUCUGAAACAGAUCAGGAUACUACCAAACAUCUGAUUACACUUGAUGAAUCCUUGGCUGAAUUUGAGGAGGAGCGAAUGUCUAUAUUAGAGCAACUUAAGGCAUUGGAAGAAAAGCUUUUUACUUUGGAUGAUGAGGCUGUCUUUAAUAAUGGAGAAGCAAUCAAGCAUUUAUCUGAAGAAAAUGGACAUGGUUUGAAUGGCCAUCACCCAUCUCCAUGUGAUGAUCAAAACGGCCAUGUAAACGGUUUCCUAAAUGACCUGGAUACAGAUGAUAAGCUUCAUUGCAAGUGUAGAAGCAUUGGUGUCAAGGGAAAGAGGCUUCUCCCUCUCUUUGAUGCCAUUGAUAUGGAAAAUGAAGAUGAGACAUGUUCAAAGGAAGGGGUAACAGAUGCUUUGCCUGAAUCUCUUUCAAAGUUCUCAGUGGACCGGAAGAAGCUUGCUAUUGCAGAGGAGGUUGACAAUGUUUAUGAAAGACUGCAAGCUCUUGAGGCUGAUAGAGAAUUUCUCAAGCACUGUAUAAGAUCAUUAAAAAAAGGAGAUAAGGGCAUGGAUCUUCUUCAAGAAAUUUUGCAACAUCUUCGUGAUCUGAGGUCUGUGGAACUUCGAGUAAGGAAUGCUGGUGACACCCUUGCUUCACUAUCUGCCUAGCUGGCAUUCGGAGGUUGAGGUUUCUUAACCAGGGUGGUUGAUGGUGAGAAUCAGAACACAAUCCAGAGAGAUGAUGCCAAGCCUAGUAGAAAAGAUCCAUGUUAGUGAAUGUUUGGUAAAGCCAGGGGGGAGGAUCUUCCUGGUUCUAUGUAUUUGUUGGUUGCUUUAGCUUGUUGUGUGCCAGCAGACCAGGAAUGGGGUCUGCAUGCCAAAGCCCAAGGUUUUUGUGGGCUUUACCUUCCUUUCCUUCCUUUUCCUUUCAUGGUGGGAUCCAUGACCCUUUAUUGUAGGGUUUGGUGGUAGGCCAGCCACUCCAUGAAUGUAUGGUGUUAAUCAUGUCUUGCAAAGCUGUGGACAGACCAUGCACAUUCCAUUGCCAGCUCCAGGAAUACCGCAGUCCCAAAAGGAAAAGCAGGGUGAGUGGAGUUUCAGCUCCUCUUUAUUUUAUUUUUUUUGGUUGUUCUUUCCUUUAUUUCUUCAAUUUGU